UUAUUCCACAUGUUCAGUGUAUUUUAUUCGAAAGAAAUCAAUCUCAACUUUUAAAGCAGCAACACUUUUUAAGAAAAACUUCGAUUUCCCAUGACUCAUUUAUUCUCGGAACGACGACAAAUCGAUUACCUUCAGGAAGCUCAAGUAGUCUCCGGUGCUUCUCGAAAACUCUGGUAUCUCAGUAACGCUUGUUUGUCGUCUGUAGAAAACAGCAAGAGCCUCUGUAGACAUAUCAUCGCAGCGGAGAGCACAAUCGGUGCAAAAAAGCAGUAGAGCUGCAACAGCAGAGUAAACACGUUGAUAGGGAGAAAGUCUCACACUUCGCGUCUUGAUUGUCCGGUACUGCUGAGUAAUCCUGCAGUAUAGACGAGCUUUCCCAGAGGUCGAACAUUAAAUUAUCCAACUCAAGAGAUUAUCCUAGAGAAAAAAUCCCGUCUCACACCGCAACCAACCUCAAGGCAACAAAUUUCAUUCGAAAAGCAGUAUAAGGAAGACAAAAGUUUCAAUACUGCUACAAAAUGUCGAACAUUCGAUUUUCAAAUCCGCCUCCGAUGAUUAGACUUCCGAACAUGUCGGUGCCACCACCAAUAGCACCAAAUUUAUCAGCCCCACCUCCAGUAUUAACUAGAAUAAACGUAAACUCAAAUCACCAACCUCGAUAUCCAAAUCAUAGAGAGCCAGGUAAAGGGUUUCACAAACCUUUUCGGCAUCCUUAUGCUUCUAAACUUAAUUCCGAUGGACAAGAAAAUCUACAAGACGAAUUCGAUGGCAAAAGGCUUCGUAAGUCGGUAAUGCGCAAAACUGUAGAUUAUAAUUCAGCUAUUAUUAAGUCAUUAGAGAAUCGCGUCUGGCAACGCGAUUAUAGGGACCGACGAGCACUUCAACCUGAUGUCAUAUACUAUCCUGAUCUUCUACCACCUCCUAGUUAUAUAGAUAAUCCCAUGAAUGCUGUGACUACAAGAUUUGUAAAAACUGCCGCAAAUAAAAUGCGAUGCCCUAUUUUUUGUAUGGCAUGGACGCAUGAAGGAAGACGACUUAUUACUGGUGCAUCCAGUGGUGAAUUCACUCUAUGGAACGGACUGACAUUCAACUUCGAGACAAUUUUACAGGCACAUGACAGCCCAGUCCGAACGAUGGUAUGGUCGCACAACGAAAGUUGGAUGGUUACUGGGGAUCACACAGGUUACGUCAAAUAUUGGCAAAGUAACAUGAAUAAUGUGAAAAUGUUUCAAGCACAUAAGGAAGCAAUUCGAGGACUGAGUUUUAGUCCAACUGAUCACAAAUUAGCUACCUGCAGUGACGACGGCACUGUGAGGAUAUGGGAUUUCUUGCGAUGUCAUGAAGAUCGUAUUUUAAGAGGUCACGGAUCAGAUGUUAAAUGCGUUCAUUGGCAUCCUCAAAAAAGCUUGGUCAUAUCGGGCAGCAAAGAUAACCAGCAACCAAUAAAGCUUUGGGAUCCUAAAACUGGGCAAGCGUUAGCAACUUUGCACGCGCAUAAAUCCACUGUCAUGGAUGUUAAGUGGAACGAAAAUGGUAACUGGCUUGUAACAGCCUCUCGAGAUCAUUUGUUAAAACUCUUCGAUUUGCGCAACCUUAGUCAAGAAGUGCAAACGUUCCGUGGACACAAAAAAGAAGCUUCGAGUGUAGCCUGGCACCCAAAUCACGAAGGUCUCUUCUGCAGUGGCGGUAGUGACGGAUCAAUUCUUUUUUGGCACGUAGGUACGGAUAAAGAAGUAGGCGCCAUUGAACAAGCGCACGAAAGUAUAGUUUGGAGCUUAGCUUGGCAUCCGCUUGGUCACAUACUAUGUUCUAGCAGUAAUGAUCAUACAUCCAAAUUUUGGACGAGAAACAGACCGGGAGACUCGAUGAGGGAUAAAUACAAUCUUAACACAUUGCCGGCUGUUGGGGCAGGUGGAACUGAUGAUCAAGAAAUUGCCGAGGCUUCGACUGUCAUCCCAGGUAUGGGUCCAGAAGAUCAAAUUCCUGAGGACCGUGAAUCGGAGGAAAAGCAUAGUGAAAUACCAGGUCUUGAUGAUCUUGAACACAGUAGGGAUGAGAAUAAAAAACCGGAAAGUAAAAAAGUGCCGUUCAUGAAACCUAUACCACAAAGCUUUCAAGCUCAGUGGAAUGAAACGAAACCCGAGGAUCCCGUGGCUGGAGCUGUUCCGCUAAAGGAAGUUACGCCAACUGCUAUUAUUUUGUAUGGAAAAAUUAUACCUGUUGAACCUGGAUCAAAGUUAGCAGAGGCUAUAUCUAAAGGGGCUGAUGCUAUCAACAAGCUGGUUCAAGCUGGAGAAAUCGAAGAAUUACGAGAUGUCGUUGGAUACAACGAAGACCAGCUGGAUGAAGAGGAUUACUUGGAAGAUGAAGGUGAUAUUGAUCAGUCCAAGGUACCUGAAACCAAUCUGCCACCUCCAUUGCCAAGUUCGAAUUUUGUUCAAAAUCAAUAUAGUAAUGUCCAGCGUCCUCCUCCGCAAGCACCGAGGGAGUGUUGGUCACGGCGCAACGACGAUAAUUUUCCCAGAUAUAGGGGAGACAACUACAACUACCCGGGAAACUCCCGUUACAAUUAUUAGAUACUUGCAUUGAAUGUUAUAAAUGACAAUUUAUUCCACUUUAUUCAUAUUUUUGUAUCGUCAGGAAAACUCGAUUUUUUGUGAGUUGUAAACAAAUUUGUAUUACGAAAAAAAUAAAGACAGAUAAAAAAACACAAA